AUGGGGCUGCUACAGUGCCUGGGAGCUGCUCUUCUCCUCCUCCUUUUGCUGACAGGUUUGAGCAGUGGCCAGCGGGUGGUGACCAUUCAAAAGGGGCUGCUUUACCGAGUGAGAGGCUCCCACGUCACGCUGUGGUGCCGGGUGAGCGGCUACCAGGGCCCGGCGGAGCAGAACUUCCAGUGGUCCAUCUACCUGCCGUCGGCRCCCGAGCGCGAGGUGCAGAUCGUGAGCACGGCCGACCCCUCCUUCCCCUACGCCAUCUACACGCAGCGCGUGCGCAGCCGGGAGAUCUACGUGGAGCGGCUGCAGGGCGACGCGGCCCAGCUGCACAUCACCGAGCUGCAGGAGCGCGACGCCGGCGAGUACGAGUGCCACACGCCCACCACCGACGAGAGGUACUUCGGGAGCUACAGCGCCAAGACCAACCUCUCGGUGAUUGAAGACACCCUCUCGGCCUCCAUGGAGUCCCAGGCUCUGACUCGUACUGAAGGGGACUCAGUGGAGCUCACCUGCGAGGUAUCCAAGUCCACCACCCAGCACACGCAUCUCUCUGUUGGCUGGUACCAUCUUCAGGGAGAGGGAGACAGCCAUGCUGAAGAGAUCCUUACUCUGUCCAAGGAUUUUGUCUUGAGGCCAGGGGCCUCUUACACGCAGAGGUUUCUGAUGGGUGACGUGCGGCUGGACAAAGUUGGGAAUACCACGUACAAGCUCUCCAUCAGGGCAGUGAAGCCAUCUGAUCAAGGCCAGCUAUACUGCGAGGCAGCUGAGUGGAUUGAGGAUCCCGAUAAGACAUGGAAGGAUAUCUCCCGGAAGCAAACAGAGAAGACGUCGCUGACAGUCACGAGUCUAGGUAAAGAUCUCCAUGUGACCAUUGCUGCUGCUGAAAGCUCCCUCUCCGAAGGCGACAACUUGCAGCUUAAUUGCUGCGUGGGGGCCCAGAACAACCGUGACAGACUGUUCCAGGUGUUUUGGCUCCUCAACAGCACUGAAGUGGCCAUGGUUGGCCCAAGUGGAGUGCUGAACUGGAAGGAGGAAUAUGAGGAGAGAGCAAAGCAGGGGCAGCUUCAAGCUUUCAAGCAAAGUGAUUCAGUUUAUGUCCUCAUCAUACAUGAGGUGGGGCUGCUGGACAAAGGUAUGUACAGCUGUUCAGUUUCAGAGCUGGAGAAGGCUCCUGGAGACUUUCAGAGCAUCCAAACAAAAUCGUCAUCUGGCCUCCAAGUCAAUGUGAAGUCAAUAGAAAGCCGAAUGCACCUGUCYAUGACCACCAGCACGGCACAGAUAGUAGCAGGAGAUGCCUUGAUCUUCCUUUGUGAGGUACAGGGAACCACCAACCCUCUGUCUGUACGGUGGUGGCAUCUGCAGCAACAUCAGGGUCCACCAGCUCUUUUGGCUGCCAUGGAGCGGGAUGGCUCGCUAACCCUGGGAAGUGCCUACGAGGACCGUGGUGCACAGGGGAGCAUCAGGCUGAAGAAAACAGGCUCCAGCACUUUCACCCUAGUGAUCUCAAACACGUCAGCCCCAAGUGAUAGUGGGUCCUACAGGUGCGAAGUGGUGGAGUGGUCCCGAGGCAAAAGCUGGACCCAGACAGAGGAAACCACAGUGACUGUCAGCCCUCUGGAUCUUGGUUUGAGCGCCAUGCUGAUAAGCCGAACUGCCAGCGUCAAGUACACUCAGAGUUUUGAACUCUUCUGCCAGCUGAGUGCCAGCUAUGCCCUUGAGGAGAUGCCGGUGUCCGUGACAUGGCAGUUCCACCCAAAACAACCCACRGAGGACUACCAGGAGCUGGUCAGAGUCCUUCCUGAUGGCAUGGUGGCAUGGGGGACGGCCCAGCCACACUUCCUGAAGAAAACCCAGUUGACCAAGGCUGCCUCUUCCUCCAAGCUGCUCAUCCAUGGCGCCACGGCAGAUGAUGAGGGCACCUACAGGUGUGAGGUGGGGAUCUGGAGGAGAAGCUCCCCACCACGAGGACAGCCGGCUGCUGUCGUGAAAUCCAACGCUGUGGGGAUAAAAGUCAGUCUGCCAGAAAGCAAGCUUCAGGUUGCUACCAAAGAGAGCUCUGUGGAGGCAGCUGCCAGUGCUGAUGCAGCCAUUGAAUGCAGAAUCAUGUUUACCCAGAAAAAUGCUCUGCUGGCCAUUACCUGGUACUUCCUACCACCUCCUCCAGCCCAUACAACCCCUCUGCAAAUUGUAAGGGUCAACUACAGCAACAUACUGGAAUAUGGAGCUGAGUUUAGCUCUCUGACACAGAGGUCCAGGUUCCAGAGCCAGAGGGUUUCCAGUGAUAUCUUCAGGCUGCAGAUUUUGUCCACCAACCAUGCAGACCAAGGCAGCUAUUACUGUGUGGUAGAGGAGUGGCUCUGGCUGGCAGACAGCUGGUACAAACUUGGAGAGAGGGAAUCAGGAAGGACUGUGCUGGAAUUUAAGCUCUCAGAGAACAAACUGGACGUGGAAAAGGCCAAUGGCAGCAUCUCUGUGAGGGAAGGUGCCGAGGCGACAGUGGCCUGCCUCAUGCAGGGGGUGCAAUCGCCCGCCUCGCGCGUCUCCGUCAUCUGGUUCCACGAGGAGGAGCGCUCCGGCGCGAGGCCCCUGCUGCACCUGCACCGCGACGGCACGGUGGGGUACGCGCAGGAGGGCCRGGCGGGCAGGCUGCAGCUGCGGCGCCCUGCUGCCGGCGACUUCAGCCUGACCUUGCGACAUGUGGAGGCUGGCGACACCGGCGUCUAUUACUGCCAGGUGCAGGAGUGGCAGCAGGGCGGCAAGGGAGAGGCCUGGGCUCUGCGAGCGUCGGCGCUCUCGGGGUACACAAAGCUCACUACGCUGCCACCAGAAUCAACUGUUUUGUCCAGGAUCUGCUCAUCUCCACCACUGCUGUACUUCAUCCUGUACUUACCUCUGGUUCUCAUCCUUCUCCUGGCCAUUGCUGGCUUCUACUACUACUUCAGGAAAGUCAGAAAGGAUGAUAUCAGAGAAGACCAGCUGGUAGAAUUGCAAAGGACUGAAGAUGUGAAGCAAACUUAGCUGRCCUGUGCUGAACAAUGUGACUUAAAUGAGUGGAGCUGUAGUAUCUAGAGGGGACUGAAUGCUUGCAGUAGGGCUUUGUAUUGUUUUUCAGUAGCUCUUGCAAUGAAUCCUUGAAAUUGCACAUUUACUCUUUGGAAUGAAGCAGUUGGGACAGUCGAGAAUUACUUAGCAAGCAGGAUCCUCAUAAUGGGUGUUUCUGUCUGCUGGGUUAGACACCCACCCAUCUGAUGCCCUGUAUGUGAGAUCCUUGCCAUAUGGUUACUAUAUGCAUCUCCCCACACUGUGAAAGGAAGGAUUGUUGUUUUCUUAUAGGAAUAAGAGAAUAAUAGCUUCCUUUGAGCUAGGGCACAUAGGUACCGACUUACUGCUUGUUUUGAGAGACUUGACAAAGUAGGAGCAGCCAGUAGACUAA